AGACAUGGUAAAUAUCUCCUUAUACGAGAACAAUUCAUUCACAAUAGCUGCAAUAUUCAACUACAGAGCUUGAAACUUGUGCUCCCAUUAAGCUUUACGUACUUAGAGUUUAAGGUUUGCAAAGGACAACCUUUCUUGAAUUGGCUUUAUAUAGUCCAGCGGAAAAGUAAAAAAUCAUGCACUUUGUGAAGAAAGCACCCAAUUCACAGGAAGUGUAGACUUUAACAUGAUAAUGAAUCUUAGAUAUGGAGGCAUCACCAAAAUUGAUGCUGACGGCUUAAAAUUUAGGAUUUCUUAUAUUCUCUUAUUAAACUCUAUUACUGUUUAAAAUUGUGAAAUUGCAGGUUCACAUAUAGCAAAAAUGACUUGCAUGAUUAGAAAGCUUACAAAAAAACUACAUAUAAGACUUUUAAACGGCUGAUUGAUUUUCCAAGCAGUUUUCCAGUUAUUGCUAUUUAAAAACGUGAUAAAUAGGCAAAAAUCCCGCCAAAGUCCUGGACACUAGCCCUAAAACAUAUUUUCAACCGCUCAUAACUCCAGAGGAGUUGGAAAAUCAAAGUAACUACUUAAAUGUCUUAUAUGCAGUUUUUUGUAAGCUUUCUAAUGACGCAUGUCAGUUUUGCUAUAUGUGAACCUGCAAUUUCACAAUUUUUAAUUGUAUAAGAGAUUAAUAAGAGAAUAUAAGAAAUCCUAAAUUUUAAGCCGUCAGCAUCAAUUUUGGUGAUGCCUCCAUAUCUAAGAUUCAUUUUCAUGUUAAAGUCUACACUCCCUGUGAAUUUGGUGCUUUCUUCACAAAGUGCAUGAUUUUCUCAAAUAUCUGUGCAUAUCCACUGGACUAAUUAGACUAUUGUUAUUUAGUUGGUAGGACUGUAAUGAUAAAUAAUUUGUAUUGAUUAUUGUAAUGCACAACAGAAAGACACGCGUACAUUGUUUUGUGUUGCUUUUAUAUUGUACCUUGCUAGCAGAGGUUUUCGAUCGUUAGACGGUAGAAGAGGUGGAGAAGUACAGAAUGUUUUACGCCAAUAUUCUAAAAGCUCACUCGCACUAAAAGAGUGGAGGUUCAAAGUCUGAGCUUCUCUUGACUGUCAUUGCUGUUUUUGAAUAACUGGAGGGUGAGUAGUCACAUAGUAAGGUAUGACACUAACCCUCAGAAACAGCAUUGACUCUCAAGGAAAGCUCAGAUUGAACCUCCACUCUUUGAGAGUGAGUGAGCUUUUAGAAUACAGGCGUUAGUUUUUGCCAAAAAGAUUGGUAGAAAGUUUUGCCUUGCUGAUAAACAAGGUGGCGACUUUUUGACAUAA